GCUCCAGCAUCUUGGGGCCGAACCUCGAGUCAACCUCCCCUCUUUUCGUGCCACUCGCCAUGACCGACUCCAGCCUGUUAGUGCUGGCAGCCAUCGUGCUGCUGGCCGUCUCUCUGCACCGCAGACGCACCUCACUCAAGGCCCUAGACUCCAUCCCCAUCGCCCAUCCGCUGUGCGGCCUGUCAUCGCUGGUCAUGCACUGGGUGCGCUUCACCGGCCACGAGAACCGCUUCGUCCAGGCUGCUCACGAGAAAUACGGACCUGUCGUGCGCCUGGCACCCCGCGAGCUCAGCGUCAACAGCGCCGAGGGUGUACGGGUGGUGUAUGGUGGGGGGUUCGAGAAGCAUCCCUGGUAUCGCAGCUUUUUUAACGUUGGGCGUCCUAAUAUGUUUUCAACGUACACAUUCCGCCCUCACGCAGACCGCAAACGCAUGCUAUCGCACGUCUAUUCGAAAUCGUUCAUCCAGGGCUCACCGGCGCUGAAGCAGCAGUCGACGCAGAUCCUGCACGACCGCCUUUUGCCGAUACUGCAGCAGGCAGCUGGGACUGGGGAGGCCCUGGACGUGCACGAUCUGCUUUUGGCGAGUGCGAUGGACUUUGUCACUGCAUUUCUGUUCGGCCUGUCCAGCUCGUCGAACCUGGUUGAGGACCGGACGCGGCGGCAGGCCAUCCUGAGCGCGUAUCAGUCGCGUCUUCCAUACGCCUACUACGCACAGGAGACCCAGGGUGUGAUGGACGGCCUGCAGAAGAUCGGCUUCAACAUCCUACCCGCGGCAGUGGUGGCGGCCACCGAGCAGUUCGAGGCCUGGUGUAUUUCCAUGGUGGAUGGGGCUGAGGAGAAGCUGCAUCGAGGGGGGCACCUGGACGCGGCCGACCAGGCUGUUGUUUACGGCCAGCUGCGGGACGCCAUGCUCAAGACCAAGAAGGAUGAGUCCGGGCUCACGGCCGAUGAGCGGAUGGAUAUCGUAUCGGAGAUGUGUGACCAUAUCAUUGCCGGCCAUGAAACCUCCGGGAUCGCCCUGACCUAUCUGGUGUACGAAAUGUCCAAGAACCGAGAUCUCCAGGACGCUUUACGAGCGGAGCUGACCUCAGCUCCAUCGCUACUGGUGGAGAUCAAAAACAAGCUGCGCGCCCCGGACGUCUCGCUGACCAAACAACUCGACGCCCUCCCCUUCCUCGACUCGGUCAUUCAGGAGAUCCUGCGCCUGGUGCCCCCCAUUGGCGGCCCGCAGACACGACUCACCCCUUCGCAUCGGCCCACAAAACUAGGCGACUUUGACGAGAUCCCCCCGGGGAUCCGCAUCAGUGCGCGCGCCUACUGCCUGCAUCGCAACCCGGCCGUUUUCCCAGACCCGGACCGCUUCAAUCCUUACCGGUGGAUGGAGCCCGGCGAGCACCUCAAAGAAAUGAAGCGUUGGUUCUGGGCUUUUGGCAGUGGGGGGCGCAUGUGUAUUGGCAAUAAUUUCGCCAUCCAAGAACUCAAAUUGGUCACCGCUGCAUUGUACGCAAACUUCUUCACCGAGGUGGUUGAGACGAGCGCGCAGGACAUGCAAGCCACAGACUCGUACUCGGCCUAUCCCACUGGGGGGAAGUUAAUGGUGCGUCUAAGGGAAAUCUAAGAGGUGAAAAGAUGGUAUGGAAGUAUAGAGUGUGCAGAGUACAGACAGUAUAUAAUCAAAUACUAAGGAG